AUGGCCGUAUACAAAGUUUUCGUAAAUCCUGCCCUUUUCAAUUCUGCUAUCAUUGGAUUUCUUUCUGUCAAGUUAACGAUGGGCUCUCAGAUCUUUCGGUUCCUCGUUUUUCCAACCUAUACAGCCGGCCUUUCUGUUGAUUCUGUGUCCGGUCCGUGCAGUGUGUUCUACUAUUUUGGAUCUUUCUUUAUCCAUGUUUCUGCAAAGUCUUUGAUGUUUCUUGAUUCAGAGGCUGAUCUUACUUCCUGUUUCACCAAUAUACUUCCACUCACAGUUGACGCAUUUGAUGCUAAAAACUAUCAGGCAAUCCACUUUCUCAACUUUCUCGUGUUGAUUCGGCAGGCUGUUGAAGGAUGCUGCCCUUCCUUAAUUAUCCCUUUGGUAUUCCAUUUUCUUAAAAAAGAUCGCAAUUUUUGGCUCAAUUCACUGGAGGUCAGGCAUAUCCGCCUUUGA